GAAAAAAAUCAAUUUCGAUCAGAUUAACACAAAAUGCGUACAAGUUUAUUAGUUUUAUUUGCAGGUUUAACGAUCGCGGCUGCGGUCCCUGUAAGUCCAAUCUCAUCCUUGUUGGAACGAGCACACACACAUAAUGUGCAAGUCUCUGGGACCUUCGGUGUCCUCCGUGUCAUCGUAUUACUCUUUUUAUCAGUUAUAAUCCAACCUUUCAUCGUUUUUGUGCUAAGACAAAUGACUUUACCGUUCAGAUUUUUCAGAUUUAUGGCUUAUUUGCCCCAUAGAAUGGUCAGAUUUUUUGUUACAUUACCGCAAAGAAUCAUGCAUUUACCAAUAACAUUAAUUAAUUUACCCAUGAUUUUUAUAACAUUGGUUCGUGGAGUUGUGAAGAGAAUCAUCAGUCCCAUUUCACGAGUCCUCACACUAAUUAUCGAAGUUUUAUCGUUUAUUUUUGGGGCUCCAGUCACGGCAUUUGACCGUAUUUACACAUAUGUGUAGAUUAUAUUUACGAUUUUAAUUCUUACAAUAAAAAUGUUUCUCA